ACGCGUUUAUUAAUAAGUUCACAGUACAUAGUGCUUGAAUCAAUUCGAAUGAUCUGUCAAAAGAUAUUCGGCGGUUUGUUAAAAAUUAAUUAAGGGUAGUAAUUUUUACAUUACUGCGAACGUAUUGUCCGAAUAAAAAGUCUCCGAUCGUCGAAAAUAUGGCGUUGACAAAUAUUUUACUUCUUAGUCAGAUAUCCGGAUAUAUUGUGGCUAAUAUUUUGUCACUUUGUAUUAUCAUACCUAUGAGUUUGCAUCAAAAAGAAUUCAGAGGAUAUUGCCUAUUGUUCUCCACGGGUACUUGGCAAGAAUCAGAUGGACAAAUUGUAGUGAACUGGGCUUCGCAAGCUUAUUGCGAUUAUACGAUAUUCAUAGGUGUAAUAUUAUUUGUGACAUCUGCGGUACAGAUCUAUAGGCUUUCUAUAUUUAUGAUUCGCGGUGAAGACAGUUCUUUUUUGUCAGCAUUCAUAGAUGUUAUCAGUUCGAUAUUCCUCACGUUGAUUACUUUGGUUGCUGCUAUUAUCGUGACGCUCGGAUUUAUGACCUGGUGCCAGUGUAUGACGAAAAGAUUCCCAUCGUGCGAAUUAGCAGCUGGAAAUGAUAUCGACAAAGCGGACAGAAUAGAUACGUCCGAUUUUCAUAUAGAAUUAGGCGCAGCUCAAUUCGGAACCUGGACCAGCUUAUCUGUUUGGGUCGGUUUAUCAGUUUUUGCAGUAUUGAAGUUAUUGCGGUAUCACCAGUUAGAAAAUAUGAAAGUUUCUAUGUAUAGAGAAAGACAAAGAUUAAUAGAAGCUGCCAGAAGUAAUGAAAUACAGGAAUCAAAUUAGGAAUGAAAACGUGUUGUAUAUUGCUUUAACAAUAAGAUGCAAAGAGGAAAUAAUGAUAUUUCGGUGAUAUUGCUACUUUUAUUCUUCAGAUAAAUAUUUAUACUUGGUGGAAUCAGUUUUUCCAAACUCACAUUUUUCUAAUUAAUGUAAUAAUUGAAACAAUGCAUUAUGACCUAAGAUAAUUUCCAAAUUCAUUAGGAAGAAUAAACCAGUAGGAUAGUCAAGUUCUUCGAAAUAAAAAGUAUAUUUUAUGUUUAUAAAAUAUAAUUUAUCAGAUUGUUUUUAAUGUUUAUACAUAUCAAGACUGGAUAAGAUUACACAGAGCCAUUACAGCUAGUAUUAACAUAUAUUUAGCAAUAUAAGUUUAACGUAAUUGUUUUAUUUAAAAGAA